UGUUGCGAAGCCUCAUGAAGCGUGCUUCAAAAUCAUCCAUAACUAGUGGGCAGCGAGCUUGCUGACUUAUCAUACGGGCCUGGAUAUUAGAGUUUCGUUUAGAUGUAUCCAGGCAAAUACGUGAUAUAAUAACUGAAGUGUGUUUCAGAUAUUUUGAGAAUUGCGGGAAUCCCCGAUUCAUGUGUCGGCUCGGCUGUCGUUGAAAUGAUUUUCCGCUGACAGAAACAUGUAGAGGAUAUAUUACGUUAUGUACGCAAUUUUUCACAUCCUCUUACUUUCAUUAUCGGGUAGGGAAGUGGUUUUACAUGACGAAGAGUAAGCUGUAUAGGUCCAGAUCCACAGUGUGACAACCAUGGUGUUUGCAAAAAGAAGAAUGGAUCAUUCUGCAAGCCAUUAAAAUGAUGUGUCUAAAGAAGCUUGAAUUCGAUCCAUGCCCAAGAUUAAACUCAGCUGUGAUUGAGGAGAUCUUACUGAAUCUGCCUGCAGAGGAUGUGGUACUGAAGUGUCGUUUAGUGUGUCGUGAAUGGAAGGAGCUGGUGGACUCAAAGGCACACUGGAGAGAGCGCUGUCGGAGAGAGGGGAUCGAGCCCUGCGAUGCAUCCAGACCUCCAGCAGAAUGGUGCCUGUUUUACUUUAUGACUAAGAAAAGACGUAACUUACUAAAAAAUACCAGAGCUGAAGAUGGAUUCAAAGGAUGGAAGAUUGUACAGAAUGGUGGAGACCGCUGGAAAAUAGAAGAGAAUUUUGAAGCACUUCCAAAUGACAACAAUAAGAAAUGCUUUGCCACCUCUUAUAUGUUAUGUUUAAAGCAACAGCUGAUUAAUUUAAAAAAAGAGGGUUACAGUCCUGCUUUCAUGGAUCGUCUGCAACCUGACAUCAAAAUAUCAGACUGGUACGCCCCAAGCUUUGAUUGCAGGUGUUAUUAUGAGAUCUGUGUAGAGCUGCUUGAUCGGGAAAAGAAACCCAUCAGUGUCUUUCAGCCUGAAAAAGUUUUCUUUGAACAGUGGAAUGAUCAACGAUGGUGUCAAAUGACACACGUCUUUAAGAAUUAUGGACCUGGAGUUCGGUUUAUCCGUUUUACUCACGGAGGAAUGGAUACAAAGUUCUGGGCAGGCUGGUAUGGAGUAUGGGUUGUAAACAGUAGUGUAGAGAUCUGACAGCUGUAUGGAGAUAAACGUUGUUUUAUUAUAUAAUAUUUUUUAGGUCACUGAUGGACAGCAUGAAAGUUUGUUCUGAUAUGAAGAAUAUAUGCAUCAUUUGCUUCUUGUUUGUUUGUUACGUUCUUUUAUACAUCAAAAUUUAACAAUUUCUAUAACAAGUAAUUUUAUGACUAAAUUGUUGUUUAUUUUUAUAAAAACUCUGACAUAACUAUGACACACAACAGUUUCACGGAAGGUCAGAAACUAUGUCAAACACUUGUAAUUUCCUAUAUUACAUCAUGCAAUGCAUUUUAUGAUAUGCGUUAUAUAGAAUAUACAGUAAAAUAACAUAAAAGUCAUAAAACAAAUCUAGAAUACUCCCUCAGCACUUUCAAAUGGAGCCAAAUGACAAGAAAUAAGGUGUGUUCGACUUCAUGCGGCGCUGCAAAAACUUACAGCCGGAUGACAUCGAAGUACCACGAGAGCGAGACGAAAUUAGACUUCAUAUGAUUUCUCUAAUCGUUCUCGCGGUACUUUGACGUCAUCCGCCUGUCGAUUCUUGCGGCGCCACAUAAAAUCGAACAAGCCUAACAACUAAUAAGAUGGCAGUUUUGUGAUGACAUUUUGUGUUCUUUUCAUGGCAUAAUUAAAAUCAUGAUUGUGAUAAUUGUUUUGACAAUAUUAAAGGGGACAUUUCACAAGACUUUUUAAAGAUGUAAAAUAAAUCUUUGGUGUUCCCAGAGUACAUAUGUGAAGUUUUACCCAAAUUACCAUAUAGAUAAUUUAUUAUAGCAUCUUAAAAUUGCCAUUUUGCCUUUUAAAUCCAAAUAAAUUCAUCUCUGCACUCUUGGAUACUGCAGUUUAAAGGGCUUAUCCCCUUCUGACAUCACAAGGGGAGGCAAAUUUCAACUACCUAUUUUUUCACAUGCUUGCAGAGAAUGGUUUAUGUAUGUUGGCCAUUUGAUGUUAUAGUAAAUAAAAACAAAUAAAAUAAAUUAUUGAAAAUUGUAGUUUGUUAUUGUAAUGUUAUGUUUUACUUGUGUAGAAUUAAUUUUUGUCUACAAAACUUUGUUUUUAAGAUCAUUGACUUAGAUUACAUCCCAACAUUUACUAAGUAGCCUUUUCCAGUAAGGAACAGUUAAUCCUUGUUGAUUCUCCUUAUAAACAUCUUAAUGUAAAUGCAUUUGUUGGUAUUUCAGUUGCAUCUAACGGUUUUCGACUUUAUGGGGCUGCGCAUAGUGAUCGGUGUAUGACAUCAAAGUACCGCGAGAGCGAUCCCAAAGCUCCGGAUGAUUUUUUUUGCCUUUUAAAUAAGUUUAAAAUAAGAUUUUUUCGAAUUGCUCUCGCGGGGCUUUGAUCGAUAUAUGCGCAGCGGCCGCACGAAGGGCACACUGAUAGGUAUGCGCAGCCAUAAGGCUUGUUGCAGCCUGCCUUGCCUGGAACUUAGACGAGAGCAGACGGCUGCAGUAACGGGAAGAGUGAAAAAAGUGCAGGCAAGCCGGACACUUCUUGAAUCUCGCUGUGUUGUUGUGGACUGCAAAAGUCAGCAUCCAUCAACACGCGCCUGGAUAGCAGAGUUUCGUUUAGAUGUAUCCAGGCAAAUACGUGCUAUCGAAUAACUGAGGUGUGUUUCAGCUAUUUUGGGAAUUGCGGGAAUUCCCGAUUCAUGUGACGGACGGGUCGUUGAAAUGAUUUUCCGUUGACAGAAACAGAAACAAACGAGGAAAUAUAUACGCAUAUAAUUAUUACUUUCAUUAUCGGGUAGAGAAGUGAUUUUACAUGACGAAGAGUAAGGUCCAGAUCCACAGUGAGACAACCAAAUUUUUGCAAGAAGAAGAAUGGAUAGUAUGGAUCCUUCUGCAAGCAAUCAAAAUGAUGUGUCUAAGAAGCUUGAAUUCGGAUCAGUCCCAUGUCCACGUUUAAACUCAGCUGUGGUUGAUGAGAUCUUACAGUAUCUGCCUGCAAAGGAUGUAUUAAGGUGUCGUUUAGUGUGUCGUGAAUGGAAGGAGCUGGUGGAUUCACCAUCACACUGGAUAAGACGCUGUCGGAGAGAGGGGAUCGAUUCUCACGUUGCGCUCAGAUCUCCAGCGGACUGGCGUUGGUAUUACUUUCGGGAGAAGGGAAGACUUCGCAGUAAUGAUGAAGUAUACGUUUCAGAAGUUGUAUGCGGAUAUAAAGGGCCGAUCACGGUACAUUAUCGCAUUCAGGCUGGAGAUCUCAGGUGGAGGAACCGAUGCCACCAGUGGGAGUAGGUUACGCAGCAAAUGGGACGGCGUUGAAUGAGUAUGGCAGGAAGCAGCGACAGUAAUGAAAAUAAACGAUCAAAUAUUACGUUCCUCAUCAUGGUCUGAUUUCUUACAGCUUUGUUAUUAUUGUGUUUCCAAUACUGUAUUGUUCUCAUGUAGUCACUCAAAUUAGUGUCGUACCAAGAAAUAAUAAAGAGCUCACACAUA